GAUUAGGUCGGCGAUCCGAAAUAGCGAUGAUGUCGGUGUAGGGGUAGAUUUGAGUCUGUGGGCUAUUAUGAUGGCAGUAUAGAUGUAGUGUGCUGUCGUGCACAUUGUAGGCCAUUUGCAUUCAUACGUUCAGCGAUACGCCUCCCGUCAAUCUCACAUUCUUUAGAGCAAUGGCUCAGACCACUACCACCACCAAAGCCCAUACUUUACAUUUUUCCUAUGACAACGAGGAUAGCUGUGCUUUGACAGCUCUCAUCAACGAUGUCCGCUUCCACGUCAUUGUCGACCCCAAGGUACUUCAGAAGUCCUCUGAGAAGCCUCUGUACUAUGAGUACCUCGACAAAAUCUCUGCGCUUCGCGAAGCCGAAGAGCGCGAGGAAGAGCUAGCCGAAGAGCGAGAAGCAAAAGUGAAGAGCAAGAAGAACAAGAACCAAGACCGACAAGGCUCAGAGGGAAAAGAUAGCGGCAUCGACGUCACAGCCGACUCCGACUCCGAGUACUGCGAAGACUCCGCUUCAGAGGCAGGAGAAGACGCCGAUCAAGAUUCCGCGAGCGCUGGCGUCGAACUGCGAAACUGGAUCCUAGCCUCCUUCUCCGACAUCACAAACACCUACGCGCCACCCAACCGCAAACCCGAAGAAUCCACCUUGUACGAAUGGUACCACGGCCCCACCUACUUUUACACGUUACAAAUCGCCAACGGAGAACUGUCACCAGAACUCUUGGAAACGACUUCCGAUCUAGAAGCCAAGAUCGAAGCCCUCGUCCCCCGCAUGAAAGUCCCCAAAUACAUGCAAGACUACAAGCUCCCCUGGCUCAACGCCAACGACCUAAUUGUCGAGUCCGAGGUUAGCAUGCCACCUCCCGCGCACCCAGGCCAAGUCCUGCACAAAGACACGAACGAGACGUACUUCUUCAAACCGGUUGUAGCCGACCAACCCGACUCUGUGAAGCGCGAGAUACAGAUCCUGCGUAAGAUCGAGAAGUUAAAGCUUGAUAUCAAGUUUCCCCAUUUACGUGGCUUUGUAGCCCAGGGCAAUAGCAAGACAGAGGUCAUGGGCUUGUUGUUGGAGAACAUCGAUGCGCCAACGCCGUUGACCAAGUUGCUUAGGUCGUCAGUAGAUGAGGAGAAGAGGCGUGUUUGGAGUGAGAAAAGCGCAGCUUACGUAUCACUACUCCACGACAACGGCAUCAUAUGGGGUGAUGCGAAAGCAGACAACUUCAUGGUCGACGCGAACGACAAGCUGUGGAUCAUUGAUUUCGGGGGCAGCUACACGGAGGGUUGGGUGGAUCCUGACAUUAGUGAGACGCUCGAGGGAGACGAUAUGGGGCUUGAGAAGAUUCAGGCUGCGCUUGAGGAUCCGGAUAAGAAUACGGCGGAUUUGGGAGAGACGGCCAGUACGUUGUUUGUUACGGAGAAGUCGGCUGGUGAGGAGGUUACGAGGACUGAGAAGAGGAAGAGGGCUGUGGAUGAGGUUGAGAGCGAGGUUUGUGAAGAUGGAACUGAUGUUGCUGGUGGAGAGGAGGACGAGCAUGCAAAGAAGAGGAAGAGCGAAUAG